AUGAACUAUACUAAAAUAUUUGUAUUUACACAAAUCUUUAUUCAAUAUCCUAAUUUACAAUAUUUAAAUUUUUGUCCAUCUUCAAGUUUAUAUGUACAUUUAUCAUUUUCUAAUUCAUCUCCAAUUUUCGUAUCGUCAAAUCUAUUAGAAUUACAUGUUUGUUUGACAAAUUUUACUGAUUGCCUUUAUAUACUCGAUGGACGUUUUAAUCAACUUCGUACUUUUUAUGUUAAUAUUUCUUUGAUAAAAUCUGGAAAUAAAAAUGUUGAUAAAGAGAAAAAACUGUCGAAUUUAAAAUGUUUUUCAUUACACUGUUAUAAAAUGACAGAUGCUUAUAAUGAAGUAAUUUUACCAUUUCUAUAUCGAAUGUCAAAUUUAGAAGAACUCGAUUUAAGUCUUUUUCUUUCGGUAAAAGAAAAAUUUCUUGAUGGAAAUGAUAUAAAAAAAAAUCUUCUCAAUCAAAUGAUACAAUUAAACAAAUUUACAUUUAAUAUUUACUCAAUUGUUUAUUGUCACAAUCAAAUUAAUUUACAAUCAAAUGAAGAUAUACAAAAUACAUUUAAUGAUUAUAAAUAUAAUAAAAUUAUUUGUUCUAUUGAUUAUUUGAAAAAACGUUCUAGUCAAUGUCGAAUUUAUUCAUAUCCAUAUAAAUUGAAAUUUUAUAAUUAUAUAACAAAUAAUUUUUCAGGUGAAUUAUUCAAAUGUGUUCGUCAAAUAUCAUUAUUCGAUGAAAAACCAUUUGAACAUGAAUUUUUUCUUCGAAUUGAGAAAUCAUUUCCAUUUUUAGAGAAUAUUUCUAUACGUAAUUUUCAACCACAAAAUAAUAAAUCAUGUACAGAAUCAAACAAGGAUAAUCAACAUUUAUCAAUUGUGAAAUAUCCGUAUCUUACUAAUCUUUCACUUAUUAAAGUUCAUGAUGAUUACAUUGAACAAUUUUUAGUUUAUACAAAAAAUCCAUCAUUUGCUACUGAUUCUUCUUCCAAAUCAGGAUAUUCUUAUACAACUAUUGAACAAAUUCUUCAAUAUUCUCUAUGUCUUGAUCGUUUUCAUAAUCCACGUGCAUUAUCAUUUCAACAUAUAUAUUGUUAUUCAUAUCUUAAAAGAAUUAUUUCAUCGAAUAUUCUUUGUUCAAUAAUAACUUGUUCAAUAUGUCGUCAUAUAUUUCCAUAUGAUAAUUCAAUUCAAUUUUCUAAAUCAUAUAUUCAUAAUCAAUUAUUUGAUUUAGUUCUAAUUAAUUAUAAUAUUAAAGAAAAAUAUGUAGAAUGUUAA